CUGCCACGACUACGGUGUGUGAGUGUGCCACCGCAUGCGGUGGCUGCUCCUGGGCGUAGGAGGAGAUCUUAUCAGCGCUAGGUGUGUGUGGAGUUUCAGGCUACCUCAUCACCCCCCAUCUCUCCACCUCCCACUGGGCCUUGCCCCUCAUCCUCUGUACAGGAAGUGGGCUCGCCCUGGGUUUCAGUCUGCUGCUGGCCUAGCUUCUGUCUGCUACCUAAGCUGCUGAGCAGGAGAUGGCCGAGGACCCAGGCUCCGGCAGGCCUGCAGGGAGCAUACCGCCGCAACUCCAUGUCGCAGUCAGGAUGGUUUAUGCCCACGUAGAAAGAGCCAUCACAGAACCUGCCCUUGUGCUGUGAGACUACGCUGUGACAGGUGUGGGUCAGUCCAGGACAGGAAGCGUGACGGCCAGCCACCGCUGACCCUGCUCCGUCAUCGUCACUGUACUGGAAAUCAGGUGACCCAGUUAGAAGAGCCUGGGUCUGUGGGAUGACAGGCCCUGCUGAGGCCUCAGUGGAGACAUAUGAGUCAGGGGUGGGAACGUCUGGUAGUUGUGAAGGGCAUGCGUGGGUGUUGCCUCAAGGGGGCAGUGCCUGGGACUCUGAGGUCUUGAGCUGCGCUUGCGUCGCCUGAGGCUGGCCUCACGGUAUGUGGUUUUGAGUGGCUUCCUUAGUCUCCCAGAGACUAACGUUGUCCAUGAUGGGUGGGUGGAUGCUCCUGUGCCCCUUCAGUCGGGGCUGGGAAGCAGGCUUGAGAGCUUUAUCCAAGGCCUGCUGUGCUUUGGGCUGGUGCUUGUGGUCUGGCCCCCACUUUCCUAUGGUUUUGCCUCUUUCAUCCCCCUUAUCCUCUCCCCCGGGGUUAUGUCCCAGGUCUCUUGCAGCUUGAGGCUGCUCCGAUGCUGGGCCUAACCUGGGUGACUCCCUCGUCAAAGCCUAUAGCACUUCAGCUCAUGCCGGGUCCCUGAGGAGCUGUGGGGGGCCCCCUCACUUAGAUUCUUCAGGGACCUGUAAGAGCUCCCUCCUGACCCAAGCACCUGCAGGGACCUGAUUCUUCAGGACAGGGAGGUCCUAGGUGGAACCCCAGCUCUGUAGACUUGACCCUGGGAGCCUUGGUCCCCUGGUCUGUGUAGCAAGGACACAGAACAGCUGCUGAGCUGUCGGGCAGAAGAGAGUGGCUGGAAGCCUGACGGCGUUGGUACACGGCCUGAGCAGAGCUCACUGAACAUCCCCGGCAAUGACUGUCACCAGCCCGUCCAGCAUCACCGUCCUGCAGACCCCUGAACACACGGGAUUCCUUCAGUGCAUGACAUUUAUCGAACACCUCCCAUGUAACGAGCUCAGCGGUGUGGAAUAGGCACUCUGCCUUGCCAGUCGGGCACCUGUCAUGCCGGAGGGGUGGACAGCAAUCCAAGGCAGGACAUCCUUCCUUCACGGGGGGACGGGGGUGAGCGCCACAGAACUAGGAGAGAGGGGAAUUUGAAACGGACCUUAAAGGAUAGCAGGAGUCUUGGGGACAGCGGGAGGAGGGGGGAUGACUCCGGAGAGGCUCAUAGAGCACCAGACCAGAGCCACCAGCUUGUGUGGACUGCAAGAGCCACCCUAGGGCAAGGCUCAGCCUUGCUUUGCAGGCUGUCCAGGGCUGAAGUGGUGGCUCUUGGUGACCCUGUGGAGCCUCCUCUUCUGAGCCCACACUUCAGCUUUCACCCCCAUUGUUUCAGUUCACUCUAGGAAAGGCGAGGGUAGAGCAUCCUGGGUACCGCUGGAAGCCCAUGGCUGGCCAGCAGCUGUCCGCUGUGGGACAGGGCUCGUGUCUUCAGCUCCGCCGCUUGGAUAUGAUGGCUGCCGCAGCUCUGUCCUGGUGCCUGGGCCUCUCCGUCAUCCUCCUGUUCCCGGCUACACCUCGGGCGUCUGCAGAGGCGAAGGACUGUCCCCAUCUCGAGUGCUUCUACAACUCCAGAGCCAAUGUCUCCUGCGUGUGGAGCCGGGAAGAGGCCCUUCAGGCCACCUCCUGCCACAUCCAAGCCAAGUCGAGCGGCCGGGACUGGAAUAAAACCUGUGAGCUAUUUCCUGUGAUGCAGGCAUCCUGGGCCUGCAACCUGAUCCUCGGGGACCUAGAUUCCCAAUCACUGACGGCUGCAGAUACCCUCAACAUAAGCGUGGUGUGCUGGGAAGGGAAGGGUUGGCGCAGGGUGAAGACCUGUAAAUUUAAGCCCUUUGAGAACCUCCGCCUGGUGGCCCCUCACUCACUCCAAGUUCUACACAUUGAAACCCAGAGCUGCAACAUAAGCUGGGAGGUCUCUCAGGUCUCUCACUACAUUAAUAGAAACUUGGAAUUUGAGGCCCGGACACGUUCCCUGGGCCAAAGCUGGAAGGAUGCACCCCUGCUAAGCCUUAAGCAGAGACAGCAGUGGAUCAACCUGGAGACGCUUACCCCCGACACCUCAUACGAGCUCCAGGUGCGGGUCAGGGCCAUACGAGGUGAACACAGGACCUGGAGCCCCUGGAGCCAGCCCCUGGCCUUUCGGACAAGGCCAGCAGAUUCCGGGAAGGAGACCCUGGCCCUACCAUGGCUCAGACACCUUUUACUGAGCCUUGGGUGUGUUUUUGGCUUCUUGGUCUGUGUCUACGUUUUAGUCAAGUGCCAGUACCUCGGGCCAUGGCUGAAGACAGCUCUCAAAUGCCACGUCCCAGACCCCUCUGAGUUCUUCUCCCAGCUGAGCUCCCAGCAUGGAGGAGACCUUCAGAAAUGGCUCUCCUCGCCCUUCCCCUCAUCCUCCUUCAGCCCAGCUGGUCCUGCCCCUGAGAUCUCUCCACUAGAGGUGCUGGAGGGAGACACCAAGGCCAUGCAGUUGCUCCUGCUACAGCAGGACACAGCCCCCUCACCCUCGCCCAGCGGCCACUCCCAGACCAGCUGCUUCACCAACCAAGGCUACUUCUUCUUCCACCUGCCCAACGCCUUGGAGAUCGAGUCCUGCCAAGUGUACUUCACGUAUGACCCCUGCGUGGAAGAAGAAGAAGACGUGGAGGAGGAUGGGCCGGGGCGGCCCGAGGGAUCUUCCCUCCCUCCUCUGCUCCCUCUGGCUGGGGAAGAGGAUGACUACUGUGACUUCCCACCCAGAGAGGACCUGCUGCUUUUCUCCCCCAGCCUGGGCUCCCCCAACCCUGCCUUUGGGGGCGUAGUCGCCCCGGAAGAGAAGCCUGCCCUCUCUCUGCAGGAAGGACUUCCCUCCCUCCCAUCUCCUGACCUGAUGGGCUUGCAGUGCCCUCCGGAGCUGGUGCAGGGAGGUGAUGGAGAGGGGCUGUCUGCUGGAAGCUCGGGGGAGCAAGCCAGUGUCCCCGAAGGCAGCCCUCAUGAGCGAGGUCAGGACACGGCCCGGGCCUCCGCGCUGCCUCCAAACACUGAUGCCUAUCUGUCUCUUCAAGAACUACAGGCCCAGGAUCCCGCCCACCUGGUGUAGACUAGGUCAGGUCGGGUUUGAGGGGGACUGGAUGAGGACUGUUCCUGGCUAUCUGCACCCCAACACUUAGUCAUCCUCUUCGGAGCUCCACUUGCUGCUCUCUGGUCCACGCAGGAUCUGGGGUGGGGAGGGGCGGUCAGCUCCACCUCCCUCUCUAGUCGUGAGGUCACUAGCUUCCUGUACCUGCCUUACUCCUGUUCACCUUCACAGAGCGUCCGGAGCCUGCUUCCCCAGACACAGCUGUGCCCACGCUCCUCUUCUGUCCUUGAGCUUGCCGUGGCUCCCUACCCCUCCGCACCCUUCCCUGUCCCAACUCUUGCCAGCGCUGCUGUGGGACAGCUGUCCUCGGGGUGUGACGUGGCUGCUGCUGUCUCAAUCAGAGCAGCUGCGUCUACCCAAACUAAGAGAGCCUGCUAAGACUGGUUGCAGCCUGUUGACAUUCUAUUAUAGAAGGAGGGGGAUAGGAAGGGUCACCAGACUGUCACCAGAGAUUCCAGCCACUCUGUUGCCCGCCAUCUCCAGCUAUGUGUAAUUCCGCCCCGGUGCGUGUGUUCUUGGAAGAUGCUGGCAUAUGCCGGGGGUGGCGGGGGUGGGGUGGGGAUUGAUUGAAGUGAGGACUCCAUCUAUGUAGCUAUAGUGACAUCAUCCCCUGUUCUGGGGUGGGAGUUUCUGUGAUGCAGCUGUUUUGGAGUCCCCUACGCUCCUGUAAGUAAGCCUCUAAGACUCAAAGGUUCACCAAGCUGGACUUGUGGAUUCCUGCCUUUGAUGCCAUAUACGAGAGAAGUAGAUAUCCGUUCAUGUAUUCCCCCCGCCACUCUCCCCCAAAAAAAGCAUACACAACAAGCAUUGUGUCAGCAUUGUGUCCUUUGUGGAAACCUCACAAGGAUCCCACGGGGUCCCCUGGAGUCCCCCUCUUGAGUGACACCCAUUGGAGCACUGUUUGUUGUGCCUCCCCUAGGUGACAAAUGUCCCUCAUCUCCACCUGUAAGUCCUGCUUCCAAGGGCAGUGCGGCUUCCCUAGCGCACUCACACUUCCCUGGUCCACACUAGAAGGAGUUGAUGGGGAUAAGGCCUGCCCCAUCUUCCUUCUUUGGAGCUGUCUCUUGACCUCCCAGGGAUGGGCUCAGCGUGAACACAAAUACCAACAGCGGCUGCUGUAUCUUCCCACGCCCACCCCAUCAAUUCACGAGGGAGCCUGCAGGAAGGUUAGCGCCGAGUCCCAGCAGCCCAGGCAAAGAGAACACCUAUGCCUAGGUGUCCCAUCUCACCCUCAGAGGAGAGCGCUACUCUCUAAGGCAGCUCCUCCAGCACAGGUCUCAGUGUCUGUCACUGCUCCAGGGUUGGUGGCACCAUGCUGAUCAAUCAGAUCCUAUCUCCUAAGGGAAGCAGAAACCCAGGCCUAGCUAAUGGAUGGCCUGCCCACAGUGCCUGCCUCAUGGUUCCUGCUCAUACUCAUUGGCUGCCUGGCCAGACCACAGGCCUUCAAGCUGACUGGCAGCCUGAGCAUAAAAGGUCUGUCACAGAGGCUGGGCCUGAUCUAACCAAGCAGAUUAUCUCUCCAUCAGAUGUCCUGGGAGCUGGUGCUUGAGACAAGGCCCCAAAGCUUAGCAAGAAAAGAUGAGCCAAUGCAGAGGGUGUUUGGGUCCCAUGCAAGAGUUUUCCUGCCUACCAGGGUUCAGAAGUCCUGCUUCCUUCUGUAUGAAAUCCCACACAUCCCCUCCUGCCACAGGAUGCUGUCUGCGGCCAUCCUCCUCUGUCUCAAUAAUGGAUUUGACCCAAACUUUGCAUCCAUACUCUUGACUGUGUAUCCUGGGCAAAUGUAAACCUUUGGAAUUCUUUUGCCUUAGCUCCCAAACAGAAAUAGAACUUAUUUCCACUGUCUGAAGAGGUCUGAGGAAGAUUUGGUUCUCUCUCUUUUAAUGAUCUGUGCAUGCUGUCUUUGUAAUUAUUCCCUGAGAAGUUUUUAACUCCUUCUUUUUUUUUUUGUUUGUUUGUUUAAAUACACAUAUUUAAAGACUUUUCAUCA